AUUAUAUUGACAAAAGACAUCAAAAAUACAAAAAAAUUAUAAUUUUUUUAAAAAAAAAAAUAAUUCAAAGAAAAAAUAUUUUAUUCUCAAAAUUUUAAGUGACCAUUACGAGUUUUCUUACUUUUAAAUUAGUGAAAAAAAUUAAAUAAAAAUGGCUAGUGAAACGGAUCCUGUUUCAAAUAUAUCGGAAAGAGAGGAAGCCGGAACUGAAUUUACAGGAAAUGAAGAAUAUGGAGGGGAAUUUGAAGUUGAACAGACAGAGUAUGAUGGAGAAGAUUAUACUCCACUAAGUGCGAAUGAGGAUCCAGAGAAACAACAUCAAUACAAGGAAUAUAGACGUCUCGAAAGAGAUAUCAAAUAUCAAAAUGAGACUUUAGAAAAUCUUAAAACUCAAAUACAAAAAAUGUCAACUAAACCCUGCCUAACGCGCAGUGAACAAAACGAUUUGAAAAAUUUGAAGGACAAUUGGGAGCAGGAGUUACAAAAGCUAGGAUGCCUCAUCGAUAAAGCAAUACGUUUGCAAAAUUUUGGCUCCAAAAGGCAUUACAGAGAGUUUCCACUUAUUACCACAUUCGAUGAGGAUAACUUGAAUCUUACACUGCGCACCUGUGAAACAUUGCAAACUCAAGCAGCGAAAAGUCAGCCUAAGGCAGGAAACCUCAGAGCAUCUGGUGGUGAGUCAAGUGAAUUGGAUAGACCGUUUUCUUGUAAAGAUAGUGCAAUGAGUGUGUCAGAAGAACGAAAAUUGAUGAAAGAGAUUUUUGCCGCUCUUAAAGAGUGCAAUAAUCUUAAGGAAUGUCGUUCACAAAAACAAAAUCGGUCUCCACGCCAAUGUAAAGAAAACGGUUCAUUGGAAAAAUUAAAAAAUCAAAUAAAUUGUAUGCAACAAACCAUAUCCAAACUAAAGGAUGAACUAAAUAAACGUGACACUAAAGAAAAUGGUUCAUUUUGUGAUAAUCAUCAGAAAUCAAGAAGCACACAGCCGGCAACUCCUGCCUUAGAUCAUUUAAUGUGUCUUGGUAAAAAGAAUGCAAAAGCUGAGAAUUUUCAACAAUUAAAGGAAAACUAUUUAUAUCUGUUGACAGAAUUCAGUAAAAAGGAUGAACAACUUAAGGAGCUAAUGAAAAAAUUAAGAAAUUCAUGCGCAAAAUGUUGUAAUAAAAGUGCCGAUGGUGCUGCUACAGGCGACGCCGAUGAAUCCGAAUUGAUACUUUUACGCAAUCGAAUUAAUGAAAUGAAUGAAGAACAAGUCGAAUUCAAAUGUCUCAUGCGGGAACAAUCAUUGCAAUUGGACGAUUAUCGUAAUAAAUAUCUAACGGCUCAACAGAAAGUAGAAGAACAAGGUGCCCUACUAGAAAAGCUCAAUAUGAACAAUAAACGCAUUGAAAAACAAAUAAACCUAGAAGUUAAAGAAAUUCGUGCCAAGUUUCAAGAAAAACUUGCUGAACUAUUGCAUUUUCCCAGGCUUUUGGAAAAUGAACAGCUUAAGUUGGCCGAAAACUGUAAAGAAAAGGAAGAGCUGGAAACUAAGCUGGUUAUAGUGUGCAAAGAACUAAAAAAUCUUAAAUCAAAAACACAAAAUGACAACGCUGAGGACUGUAAGCCACAACUUCAAAGAUGUCAGCAGGAAUUGUCUCAGGUGAAGAAAAAUAUAGAGGAAAUUCAACGACAAAGGGAUAUGUUCUGCGAACAGUUGAGAACAACCAUGGAUGAUUUAAACACUUUACGUGGCGAAUCGACCAAGAUUAUAGCCAGAACAAAAGAGCGUUCCGAUCUUAUUAAGCAACAACAACAAGAUCAAAUCGAUCGUUUAGAAAAGCAAUUGGCUCAAUGUCGUGCUACGGCCAGCUUGUCAGUUAGCGAUCGCGAGUCGGUUAUACGGGAAAUGCAAGGACAAUUAAAUACUUUGUCGUACAGUUUCGAUGGGGCUCAAAAACAAAUCAAAACACUAAGGAAUCAUAUAGCAUAUAUGUCUAAUGAAAAUAGUUUUCCGGCCAAAUGUUAAAAAUAUAAAAAAAACUCUGAAAAGUAAAAAGAUGAAUAAAAAAUGUUUGUUUGGUUUUC